AUGUUCUCUAGCUUCAGGAGUCUGUGGACUCAGGUAUUUCCCCCGCCACCCCUUUUCACAGAUAAGAACCUGCCGAGUCUUCUAGGAAAGGUCUACAUUGUAACAGGCUCAAACACCGGGAUUGGCAAGGAAGUAGCCCAGGUUCUCUUCUCCAAAGAUGCCAAAGUCUACGCAGCAGCGCGUUCGGAGGACAAGGGUCAAUUAAUCUUCCUACCUCUGAACCUCAGCGACCUAACCACUAUCAAAACGUCAGCCAAAAUCUUCCUCUCCAAGGAAGACAAGCUGCACGUCCUCUUCAACAAUGCAGGCGUCAUGACACCUCCCACUGGCUCCAAGACAGUCCAAGGCUACGAGCUCCAGCUAGGCGUCAACGCCAUCGCCCCCUUUCUCUUUACAAAACUACUAACCCCAACCCUCCUGUCUACGGCCAAGACAGAGCCCCCCAACACAGUUCGCGUGGUUUGGGUUUCAUCAGUGACCAUGGAGACUGGAGCGCCUAGAUCUGUUGGCAUACCCUUGGACAAACUGGACCAGCUUGCCAGCACCUCUCCACAGUAUGUCAAUUACGCCAUCAGCAAGGCUGGAAAUUAUUUGUAUGCCGUUGAGUUUGCGAAACGGUACAAGGAUGUCACCAAUAUGGAGCCGGGGACUUGGAUCAUACCGUGGGGAAGAUUCGCCCCCGUUCGGAAAGAUUUGGUCGAGGCAACGAAGACCGAGGAGGAGGGGGGCAAUGGGACAGCGUUGAAGUUCUGGGAAUGGACUGAGAAGCAGAUUAAACCGUACCUUUAA